AUGUGGACGGGGGCAGGAGUAAGGGGCGGGAGCACCGACAGACAGGGCCUCUGUGCCCUAGCUACAGACUGCACUACGGCGCCAGCCCUAUCUGUAGACUGCACUACGGAGCCAGCCCUAGCUCCAGACUGCACUACGGAGCCAGCCCUAGCUCCAGACUGCACUACGGAGCCAUCCCUAGAUCCAGACUGCACUACGGAGCCAGCCCUAGCUCCAGACUGCACUACGGAGCCAGCCCUAGCUCCAGACUGCACUACGGAGCCAGCCCUAGAUCCAGACUGCACUACGGAGCCAGCCCUAGCUCCAGACUGCACUACGGAGCCAUCCCUAGCUCUAGACUGCACUACAGAUCUAUCCCUAGCUCUAGACUACACCACGGAGCCAUUAGCCGUUCCACUGCUGGAGCUGGUCCUGUUGGUGCUGCUGGUGGUGAUGGGGGAGGGAGAGCCUGUGUGCAGGCUGCAGGGCAGGGCAGAGCUGCCAGACAUGGCCAAGGACGGGGAACUCGUCAUCGGAGGCAUCGUCACCUUCCAGACGGAGUACGACAGCAGGAUACCCGACUUCCAGAGUUUACCAGAUCUACUAUCGGAGGAAAUUCAGCCGAGUGCAUGAAGUGCCCAGUCCAGUACUGAUCCAAUGGGAGAGGGGAUAGAUUGAAUUCCUGUUCUACUCUGAGGUCAUGAGGGCCAUUUUGUUUUUUGGUAUAUUUGAUUGGUUUGUUUAACUAUUAUGAUAGCAACAAUUUUAUUCCAAUUCAGAGAGACCCCCAUCGCCAGGGCCAACAACUCUGAGCUGAGCUUCCUGCUGCUCUUCUCCUUGGCUCUGUGUUUUCUGUGUUCUCUUACUUUCAUUGGCCGGCCCUCUGAGUGGUCCUGUAUGCUGUGUCACACAGCGUUUUGGAUCACAUUCGCCCUCUGCAUCUCUUGUGUUCUGGGAAAAACAAUAGUGGUGUUGACGGCCUUCAGGGCUACACUUCCAGGCAGUAAUGUCAUGAAAUGGUUUGGUCCUCCACAGCAGAGACUCAGUGUUCUGGCUUUCACUCUCAUAUAGGUCCUGAUCUGUG